AUGCUCCAUUACAAGGUGCGAGACAAUCGUGAUUGGUUAUAUAACACUUCGAGAAAUAUUCUCAAGACUUGGACUCUCAACUUUGAGUACUUGAGAUUUUCGGAAUAUUUAAGUACAAAUCGCCGCGAGUCAUCGUUCUGUUGGGUCAUGACGGCUAAACCGGCUUCAGAUAGAUCACCAUCCAUCUCAAAUUACCAAGAAGGUGGAGUCGACUUUGGGUUAUCUUCCAGAGGAGAACGCCAAUGCGACGAGCUCUACGAAAACGUGCGGAAACACGCAGGGUAUAUUACACAUAUCUUCUCUUCGCCCAUGAAACGAUGCGUAGAAACUGCACGAAAGGGACUACUUGAAGCGACAGGAAGAGGCGUCAGAAUUCAAAUUAUGCCCACACUUGCUGGAAGAAAUAGUGGCAUACCCUGGACUUUACGGGAAGAAAAUCAGGAACAGGAUAUCAGUGGUCCUUGGGUCGGUGAGGUGGCAGAUCCUAGGUCAAAGACCAAGGAUGCUGAUUUUGUCAUAGGGUGGUUGAACGGGAAGGAUUUAUCUUUACAGGAGGCUCAAAAAGUGCUGGAGGUUGUGGUAGUAAGCCAAAUGCAAUUAUUGCAAGAACUUUUAUGGAGAAUCAAAGGAGUUUGGAGAAGAGAAAUUGGAGACGCGGCUGUUAAGAAGCAAAAGAAGGAAGAGAUAAUCAAGAAACAGAAGGAAGAUUCUAUACUUGUGGUUGAUCGCGAAACCAAUGAAAUUGUUACAUUCGGGGAAUUCCAGAAAUUUCUCAAAGAACGACAUGCCAAAGAGUUCCAAGAAACCGAGAACCCUGUCGCAAAAAGAAGAAGACGACGAUAA